AUGGAAGGCGGCGGCUCCGGUUGCCGGGCCGCUGCCAUUGCCCCCGCGCGUAUGACCACCGUCUCGCGCCACUACUUCGGCGUCAGCGCGUCCGAGCAUCACCACGACCUCCGUGUCGACAUCAUCGAGAACAUCGAAGAGGACUACGGCAUGUUUGUGUGGCCAUGCAGUGUCAUUCUUGCAGUGUAUGUGUGGCAGCAGAGGUCACGGUUCUCUGCUUCCAGAGUUGUUGAGCUUGGUGCUGGGACCUCACUGCCGGGAUUAGUAGCUGCAAAGGUUGGAGCAGAUGUAACACUAACAGACAUUGCACAGAAUUCAGAAGUACUAAACAACAUCAGAAGCAUAUGUGCUCUCAAUAACGCCAGCUGUACUGUUUCAGGACUUACGUGGGGAGAAUGGGAUGAACCACUAUUUGAUUUACAUCCUGACAUUAUUCUUGGAGCUGAUGUACUUUACGACUCAGCAAAUUUUGAUGAUCUGUUCGCGACGGUGACCUUUCUUCUCGAAAAUUCUUCUGGGGCGGUUUUCAUAACUACAUACCACAACCGCAGUGGUCAUCAUCUGAUUGAGUUUUUGAUGGUCAAGUGGGGUUUGAAGUGUUUGAAACUGCUGGAUGGUUUCUCCUUCCUGCCACCAUGCAAGGCUGCUUCACUUCAGGGGAACAUUCAGCUUGUUGAAAUUGUGCUUGACAAGGAAAAACAUAAAUGA